GCGUCUUCCCGUUUUCAUGGGCAAAAGAUCGGGCAGCGAGCCAAUGAGAUCGGUGCUGUCGGAGAAGGCCCUGUUCGCGGCGGCCGCCGGUGCGGCAGCCAUUGCCGGCGUGCUCCUCCUCUCCAGCUUCUUCUCCGACGGCGGCCUCCGCUGCACGUUCCUCCCUACCAUCUCCCGCACCUCCGACCCCACUUCGGAGCUGGCCGAAGCGCUGCUCUACUAUGCGACGACGCCGGUGGUGCCGCAGCAGUCGCGCGCAGAGAUCCGCCUCGCUUUCGACGUGCUCCGCCGCCGCUCCCCCUGCAACUUCCUGGUCUUCGGCCUCGGCCGGGACUCCCAGCUGUGGUCGGCCCUCAACCCCGGGGGCACCACUCUGUUCCUGGAGGAGGACCCGCAGUGGUACUCCACGGUGUUGAAGUCGACGCCGUGGCUGAAGGCGCACCACGUGAAGUAUCGGACGCAACUUUCGGAGGCGGAGGAGUUGAUGAGGAGCUACAGAGCCGGCGAAGGGGAGUGCCGGCCAUCGACUGGAGCGAAGGGGUUGCAGCAUAAUGACCGGUGCAAGUUGGCGUUGGUAGGGCUGCCUGUCGAGGUAUACGAUCGAGAAUGGGACGUGGUGAUGAUCGACGCGCCGAAAGGGUACUACCCGAAGGCGCCGGGGAGGAUGGGGGCGAUCUACACGGUGGCGGUGAUGGCGAGGGGGCGCCGGGGAGCGGGGGACACCGACGUGUUCCUCCACGACGUCGACCGGCCGGUGGAGAAGAAGUUCGCAAUGGAGUUUUUAUGCGACAAGUAUCGGGAGGGCGGCGCCGGCAGGCUGUGGCACUUCCGGAUCCCGCCCGUCAACGUCACCUCCGUUGACUUUUGUUGACAUUUUUUUUCUUCGAUGGUUUUUCUCCCCUUGUUGAAUUUUUUUAAAUAA